AUGGAACGCCUCGAGCGCAUACUCUCCCGCCCCGUUGCCAAACCCUAUCGCUCACACGCCAUCCACAGUACCCAAGAUGUAACCCUAAACAAAGAUGGGCACCUCGACUUCGCACCAGGGGACAUUGAGAACCCCAAGAACUGGUCAAAAGCCCGGAGAUGGUACAUCACAUCGGUCGCCGUUCUGCUGGUCGUGAACGCCACAUUCGCAUCGUCCAGCCCAUCCGGGUGCUUGAAAGGAAUUGCAAAGGAGUUUGAUAUCUCGCUCGAAGUAGCUGGUUUAGUGGUGACGCUCUUUCUUCUGGGAUAUUGCUUUGGGCCUCUGUUCUGGGCGCCACUGUCCGAGUAUUACGGCCGGAGAUGGAUUUUUUAUAUCUCCUUCCCACUAUACCUGGUGUUCAACUUCCUGUGCGCAUUUGCAAAAAAUUUCCCCGCCUUGCUCAUAGGCCGAUUCCUCACAGGCACGUUUGCAAGUUCGCCGCUGUCAAACUCCGCGGGUGUGCUGGCUGAUAUUUGGGGUCCUGUGGAGAGAGGGAACGCCAUGGCGGCAUUUUCUGUCAUGACAUUUGUAGGACCGGCCUUGGGGCCGGUGAUUUCUGGAUUUCUGGAACUGAAAGAGGAUUGGCGGUGGAAUUUCUAUGUUCUUCUUUGGUUGGCGGGCAUCACUUCCAUCUUCAUGUUCACACUCCCCGAGACACUACCGCAGGUAGUACUAUUGAACAAGGCACGGAGAAUCAGAAAAUUAAAGACUCCGGGCCAUGAAGAUUUAAAGGCGCCGAUUGAAGGGACUGAUCAGAAGCUGUCAUCAAUCUUCAGGGUAGCUCUGACGAGACCGUGGAAGAUCAUGAUCGAUCCUAUCUCCUUCUUGAUCGCUAUCUACCUCUCGACUGUGUAUACCCUACUCUACAUGCUCUUUAGCAUCUACCCGAUCGUGUUCCAAGAGAAACGUGGUUGGAAUUCGGGAGUGGGUGAGCUACCAUUGAUAGGCACUAUCGUCGGUGCCGUAACAGGGGGGAUAAUCAUAUUCUUCUACUCCUCACAUCAACAGAAAACAAUGCUAGCAGGACAAAAAGGGCGGCCCGAGGAUAGGCUCCCGAUAGCGAUGGCCGGGGGCAUCCUAUUCCCUAUUACGAUGUUCUGGUUCGCAUGGACAGCGGAAUACAAUAGCAUCCACUGGAUUGUGCCGACCAUCGCGGGAACGUUCCUCUCCACGUCCAUUGUCCUCGUCUUCGUCGCCUACUUUAACUAUCUCGCCGAUACAUACCUCAUGUAUACGGCCAGUGCCAUAGCGGCGAACACAAUAGCAAGAUCGGCAUGUGGUGCUGCUGCUCCGCUCUUCACGAAUUACAUGUUUAGCGCCUUGGGCAUUGCAGGCGGCGGUUCGUUGAUCGGAGGGGUUGCGGUGCUAUUAUCGCCCAUUCCAUUCAUCUUCUACCGCUAUGGCGAAGGUAUCCGCAAGCGCUCGAAGUUCGCUCCUACGCCAGAAGCGAACGCUAAGUCGCCGGAAGUGCAGCAGAAUGAUAUUCUUUCAAGCAGUAGCACAGAUAUUGGUGCCGCUAGUGAUAGCAAUAGGCAUUCAGAGAAUGGGGAUAUGAAAGAGUACGUCGCCUUGAAGCCGGGGGCCGCAUCUCGUCAGGACAACGACAGGGCAAGUGUUGCGGAACAGCUUCGAGGACCACGAAAUUCUUCUGAUAUAGAUGUUGAGAAGGGUGAGCAGCCCAAUCUCAAAUAUACCACAUGA